ACAUCCCAGUGACGUAGAUUGUUUUGGUCCCUAUAAGCAGUAGGAAGUGAGCGGCGGGGCUGGCAGACACCGAACUGCUGGACAGCUAUUACUUGAAGCAGAGGAUGAAUUGCCGUUCAGAGGUGUUAGAAGUGUCCGUCGAGGGACGUCAGGUAGAGGAGGCAAUGCUGGCAAUUCUACAUACUAUACUCCUCCACCGCAGCACUGGCAAGUUUCACUAUAAGAAAGAAGGGAACUAUUCCAUUGGCACAGUGGGAACACAGGACAUUGAUUGUGACUUCAUAGAGUUCACUUAUGUCAGGGUGUCCUCUGAUGAGCUGGACAGAGCACUACACAAAGCAGUCAGUGAAUUUAAGGAUGCACUAAGAAACUCUGGAAGUGAUGGUAUUGGCCAGUUGUCCUUGGAGUUCUACCAGAAGAAGAAGUCUCGUUGGCCUUUCUCAGAUGAAUGCAUUCCAUGGGAAGUGUGGACAAUUAAAGUCAACGUGGUCUCGCUUGCGAACGAGCAAGAGCGACAGAUCUGUAGAGAAAAGGUCGGAGAAAAACUUGGCGAAAAGAUCAUUAACAUUGUUGAAGUUAUGAACAAACAUGAAUACAUACCUAAAAUGCCUGCCCAAUUUGAUGUGAACAAUGUCUUUGACACAAGUCUGAAGGAUGUGCAGCCUUAUCUGCACAAAAUUACCUAUCAGAUAACUGACGCUCUGGGCACAUCUGUCACAACUACAAUGAGACGACUCAUCAAAGACACAUUGGCACUUUAGAGCUGCAUGCACUCAGUGGAUUAUUUAUAUGAUGAACUGGGAUAAUUAUUUUUUUGCUUCUAUAAAUUGUCUAUUCAGAAAAGAUUCCUGUAUGUUUUAUGUAUAUAGUGACUACUCAUUUCCCUUUAGGACACAAGCCGUAUUGUAUGUAAUACAAAUAAUAAAGCUAAUCCUGAGAUUUGCUUUUA